AGGCAUUUUAAAAAGUGAUGUCGAUCUCUGUGAAAAUAAAGUCUCAAACAUUGAUAUUUGCACCAAUCACCUGAAAGAUUUAUGAAGAAAAAUGAGUAGGGGGCCAACACUCCAUGGAAGCUUGUGAAUACCCCAAUUGAUCCUUUAGGGCUCUUUUUCAGCUGUCUGCAAUAAUGAACACAUGGACUUCUGGUCAUUAAAUUCAGCUGACCCCAUUUGGUAAACUGCUAAGAGCCUGGACUCUGACUGCCAACCAUUAAUAUCUGUGUGAAAAAUUCACCCUUUAAAAGCACUGAUGACUUAAUUAGAACUUUACAAAACAAAGACAAAUUUUAAAAAAUUCUUAGUAAAAGAUAAUUCUAUGUUGAAAGCCAACUACAAGACAAGACUUACCGUUCUGCUUAUCUUCUAAGAACUAAUGUAAUUACCACCUUAACAAGAAAAAAUGAACAGCACAUGUGUUGAAGAACAGCACGACCUGGAUCACUAUUUGUUUCCAAUCAUUUACAUCUUUGUGAUUAUAGUCAGCAUUCCAGCCAAUAUUGGUUCUCUGUGUGUGGCUUUCCUGCAAGCAAAGAAGGAAAGCGAGCUAGGAAUUUACCUCUUCAGUUUAUCGCUUUCGGAUUUGCUGUAUGCAUUAACUCUCCCUCUAUGGAUUGAUUAUACCUGGAAUGAAGACAACUGGACCUUCUCUCCUGCCUUGUGCAAAGGAAGUGCUUUCUUCACGUACAUGAACUUCUACAGCAGCACAGCCUUCCUCACCUGCAUCGCCGUAGACAGGUAUUUAGCAGUUGUCUACCCUUUGAAGUUUUAUUUCCUAAGGACCAGAAGAUUUGCAUUCAUAGUCAGCCUCUUCAUCUGGGUAUUGGAAACCAUUUUAAAUGCUGUGAUGUUGUGGAAAGACGAAAUAGCUAUUGAAUACUGCGAUGCCAAAAAGUCUAACUUUACUUUGUGCUAUGACAAGUACCCUUUGGAGGAAUGGCAAAUCAAACUUAACUUGUUCAGGACGUGCAUAGGCUAUGCAAUACCUUUGGUCACCAUAAUGAUCUGCAACCAGAAAGUCUACCAAGCUGUGAGAGACAAUAAAGCCACGGAAACCAGUGAAAAGAAGAGAAUCAUAAAACUUCUUGUUAGCAUCACGCUGACUUUUGUCUUGUGUUUUACUCCCUUUCAUGUGAUGUUGCUGAUACGCUGCAUUUUAGAGCGCAAUGGGAGGUUUGGGACUAGCAAGUCUGGGAAGCAGACUUACACAAUAUAUAGAAUCACGGUUGCAUUAACAAGCUUAAAUUGUGUGGCUGACCCAAUUCUGUACUGUUUUGUAACAGAAACAGGAAGGUAUGAUAUGUGGAAUGUAUUAAAACUCUGCACUGGGAAGUGUAAGACAUCACAAAGACAAAGAAAAAGCAUACUUUCUAUGUCUACAAAAGAUACUAUGGAAUUAGAAGUCCUGGAAUAG